GCGCGCGGCCCCUCAGCGGCGCCCGCCAUGUUCGCGGAGCUGAACGAGCUGCUCGGGGCCUCUCCGGAGCGCCCGGACGCGGGUAAAUUCACCCUGCUGCGAGACACCCGGACAGAUGGCAGCUUCCUGGUGCACCACUUCCUCUCCUUCUACCUCAGAGCUGGCUGCAAGGUUUGCUUUGUGGCCCUGCUGCAGUCCUUCAGCCACUACAGCAUCGUGGCACAGAAGCUGGGAGUCAGUCUGGCAGCUGCCAAGGAGCGGGGACAGCUUGUCUUCCUGGAGGGCCUCAAGUCCUGCCUUGACCUCCUGUUUGGGGAGGAGGAGCAGCCAGGACAGCCCAGUCCUCUGCAGUUUCUGAGCGGGGGCAGCUGUGACCUGCGAGCCCUGUUUGACUUUGUGCGGGUGUCCCUGAGCGCCACCGCCGGCGAUUCCUGGAAGGGCCCCGUGCUGCUGGUGGAUGACCUCAGCGUCCUGCUGAGCCUGGGGGCUGCCCCGGUGGCCGUGCUGGACUUCAUCCACUACUGCCGUGUGUGUGUGUGCUGCCAGCUGAAGGGGAACGUGGUGGUGCUGGUUCACAGCAACGAGGAUUCGGAGGAUGAGGAGAAUGAGCUGGUUGUGAACUCCCUGUGCCACCACAGCGACCUCAUCCUGUGGGCAGAGGGGCUGGCCACCGGCUUCUGCAAGGAUGUUCACGGGCAGAUCAAGAUAAUCAAGAGAUUGUCCUUGCGGCAGGCGGAGCAGGAUCUGGUCCAGGUCUACCAGUACAAGAUCCAGGACAGGAACGUCACCUUCUUUGCACGGGGGCUGUCGGCUGCAGUGCUGUGACACUGUGACACUGCAGAGCCUGGAGUGUCAGUCACUGCCUCUGCAGAAGCACCACCAGCACCUCUCAGGAGCAGCACAGUGAACUGACCCACGAGGGAAGCUCAGACACACCUGGUGCCAACGUGGGAUCAGCCUGCCUGGGGCCUGCUGCAUCCCUUUGUCCUCCCACCCCGUUCCCAACACACUCGGGCCAAGAAAGGGAGCAAGAACUUGCAAGAAUGGCCCUUGGAGCAUGUAAAUACAGGCAGGGGGUGCCCUGCAGGCUGGGUGUGCCUUGCCUCACCUCUUCCGGUGUGCUGGGCCCAGCAGGCGGUGCCAGGCGGUGCCAGGCACUGCACGGAGGGAGCUGGAGCUGGCACGGGAGGAGAUGACACACAGCGGGUGGAGCAGGGAUGGUCCCGGAGCCUGGCGCAAUCCUACCCUUGCUCCCAGCUCUGGCUGGCAGAGGUUGGGCCAUCUGCCAGCUUCCCUCACUUGGUAAAUGCACAGCUCUGUGUGCAGCCCUCACCUGGCUGUGCUGAGAGCUGGCACUGCCACGCUUUAUCAAACCCUGCGGCUCCCCAAGCUCAGCCUGGCCUUUGUGGUUGGAUAAACCCUCUGCGAGCCUGUGUCAGCCACUGCUUCCUCAUCCCAAACCCUGACUAGCAGUUACAUGGCCUGCCUGUGCUGAAGCAGGUUUUUUUAUUAAUAAUCUCUAAUUUCAGUGAGAUAAGGGUGCAGUGAUUGUGUAACCACGGAUCUCUGGGUGGGAACUGCUCCCCACCUGCUCCUUGGCAGGGAGCAGGAAUGAGCAUCUCCCAGGCCUGGGUGAGGACAGAGCCUUCCCCAUGGCCACAGGGGCAGUCCUGGGAGCAGAGCUCAGGCCUGGAGGUCUCCUGCUAGCUGCUCCUGCUGGGAUAUCCCAUUUAUCCUGGGAGAUAAAAACAUCCCACACGCUUGUGAGAGUCCAGAGCAAUCUGCCAGGUCCUUGCAGCUCCAGAGCUGGGAUAGCAGCUCUGGCAGUGGGACACGUUCCUGAUUUUCACGUACACUCAGUGGCCCAUCCCAUGCUGAUUUGUGCCCUUUGCCUCAGAGUUUUGGAGCCCUGGCAAGCUCAGGGCUGUGGCUGCUGAUCAGUGACAGCCCAGGGAAGCCAGGCAGGCUCCAGGGAUUGUGGCAAAGCCACAAGGCGGGAGGGGAGUCAGGCCAUGUGUGUGCUAGAGGAUCACUCAUCCCUGGUGUCCCCUGGGCCUCUGUGUUCAGCUGUGGAAGUGGCAGUGCCCAGGGUCACUGCACUGUCACAAUAUGCAGAGGGAGGAGGAGAGGAGCAGUAGCUGCUGGCACUGCAGCAGCCUAAAGUGCAUCUGUGACGGGCACAGAAUGGUAAAUAAUUGGAGUAAUGUCUGUAGGAUUAUCCUUGGAGAGAUCCCAAAUUCUGGCUCCCAGGCUUGAAACUGGCUGGGUCACUGUGUGACAUCACUGCUGUGUGACAUCA